CUCCUCCCUCCCGGCCUCCAAUCUCCCAGCCAAACUGAAAGCCGGACCCCAGGCCGCCUCCCGCCGCCUCCCCGCCGCCGCCCGGCCUCCCUGCGAGCGCUCCACCAUGGACAGUCCUGUUUUCACCUUAUAAAGAUGGCGGUGCGGGAUCGCUGCAACCUUUAGACUAAUGACUGUCCGAAAUAUCGCCUCCAUCUGUAAUAUGGGCACCAAUGCCUCUGCUCUGGAAAAAGACAUUGGUCCAGAGCAGUUUCCAAUCAAUGAACACUACUUCGGAUUGGUCAACUUCGGGAACACCUGCUACUGUAACUCCGUGCUUCAGGCCUUGUACUUCUGCCGGCCGUUCCGGGAGAACGUGCUGGCGUACAAGGCCCAGCAAAAAAAGAAGGAGAACCUGCUGACGUGCCUGGCCGACCUUUUCCACAGCAUCGCCACGCAGAAGAAGAAGGUCGGAGUGAUCCCACCCAAGAAGUUCAUUUCGAGGCUGAGGAAGGAGAAUGAUCUCUUUGAUAACUACAUGCAGCAGGAUGCUCACGAGUUUUUAAAUUAUUUGCUAAACACUAUUGCGGACAUCCUGCAGGAAGAGAAGAAACAGGAGAAACAAAAUGGGAAACUGAAAAACGGCAACAUGAACGAACCUGCCGAGAAUAACAAACCAGAACUCACCUGGGUCCAUGAGAUUUUUCAGGGAACGCUCACCAACGAAACUCGAUGCUUGAACUGUGAAACCGUUAGUAGCAAAGAUGAAGAUUUUCUUGAUCUUUCUGUCGAUGUGGAGCAGAAUACUUCUAUUACCCACUGUCUAAGAGACUUCAGCAACACAGAAACACUGUGCAGUGAGCAGAAGUACUAUUGCGAAACCUGCUGCAGCAAACAGGAGGCCCAGAAAAGGAUGAGAGUAAAAAAGCUGCCCAUGAUUUUGGCCCUGCACCUGAAGCGGUUCAAGUACAUGGAGCAGCUCCACAGGUACACCAAGCUCUCCUACCGGGUGGUCUUCCCACUGGAGCUCCGGCUCUUCAACACCUCCAGCGACGCCGUGAACCUGGACCGCAUGUACGACCUGGUCGCCGUGGUGGUUCACUGUGGCAGCGGCCCUAAUCGCGGGCAUUAUAUUACUAUUGUGAAAAGUCACGGCUUCUGGCUUUUGUUUGACGACGACAUUGUAGAGAAAAUAGAUGCCCAAGCUAUUGAAGAAUUCUAUGGCCUGACAUCAGAUAUAUCAAAAAACUCAGAAUCUGGAUAUAUUUUAUUCUAUCAGUCCAGAGAAUAACUGAAGACCCUCGAGACUCACACGCGUGGGGGAGGUGUCCCCCGCACGCCGUCUGGUCUCUCUGCAGACUCCCUCCUUCCCUGGCGGCCCCCAGAGGCGGCCCUCCGAGUCUCCCUGGUCUGGCUGUGUUAGACUCUCUCUCCCUUUGUUUUUUACACACAGCACUGCUCGUGGUUUUAUUUUAGUCUGAGGUAGAGUUAACUGCAAUCCGAUUGUAGAAAGAUUUAUAUGAAUAACAGUCACUAAUUUUAGGAUUGGGUCAAUGCUAUGCCACUGGCUGAAUUAGAAUGACGUUUAUUUCCUAGAAUGUCUGCAGUCUCUUUUGGGUCUUUGCUGACCUUCCUGAAUGGUUUCCAGGGUCUCUUUUCAAUGCAUUCCUUUAACUGGUCCCUGGAAACAUGGCUGCCCGUUUGUAGCUCCUCUGCCUCUCCUCUGACCGAAGGACAGAAGAUUUGGGUAGACAUUCACCCUCUAGGGCUGCAACUAUAGCUUUAAGUUCGUGUGAGUGAAAUUGUUUAAAAAUGAGUAACCUCAAUACUAAACUCGUCCCCCAGGUGGCACGUGGGGUUUAGCCCGGGCCCAGGGCUGCGCUCACCUGGCCAUUCCCUGGGGGCGGGGCGGGGGGCAAAGAAGGUUGGGAGCUCAGGGCAGGCAAAGCCAAGAGGAGGAAGCUUUUGUGGGGGAGUAAACAGUCCCUUUUCUUACCUUUUUACCAAAACCAUGUUUCAGGAAAAUAACUCUUUGCUGUUUGUUUUUAGUGACACUUGCUUCUGUAAGGUCCUGUGAGUGGUGUCGAGCCUCUCUGGCACGGCUGAGCUUUCCAGGGCACCUUCCCAGACCUGCCGGCACUGUGCAGCCUGUGGUCACGGCAGGGGGACACCUUGGUGAUGGCCUCCGACACAGCCGUCUGUAGCUGGUCAGUGCCAACACCACGCUUCUUCCGGAAGGACGGAGGCACAGCACCUUGACUACAGUCAGCCGCGUUGUACAGCUGUUCACUCUCAAACAUUUCGGUAUGUUUACCGAGGCACUGGCCAGUCCCCGGGCUCGCAUGGAGCCUGAAGAAAGGCUGCCGUUAGCUGGGUGCGAAGGUGGCUCCGAGGAAGUGUCCACGGGCGGGGGGAGGAAGGACCUGCGCGGCAGCGUACUUUGGCUCAGGCUCCUAGAAUGCUUGACAAGAUGGAGUUUUUUGGAAGAACCUCAUCUCACCAUAGUUACUAUUACUUUUUUCACUUUUGUUACAUAUGUAUUUAUUAGGUCAUUUGAGUAUUGGUACCUUUUGUUAAAAGGGUCAACAUGGUGUUUUGCUGUCGAGCUGGUUUUUGGUUUCCUACAAAUACUAUGAGUCGUACACCUUUCUCUGGGAAGUCAGUGGACUUCCAUACACUAUGAUAUACUGUGAACACUUUAUUUUGUUACCUAAUAAAUCAGUGAACAAAUAUGCGGACGUUUGGCAUAAUGUGAACUAAACGGGAAAUUGAAAAUGUUAAUGGCCAUUUUGCAACAACUAAGAGCGUAGCACUUUAUCUAGAUGAAAACUGGAUUUCUUCUUUCUGAAAUACCUUGAACUGUUUAUUGCUCAGAACUUAAGUAAGCAUGCCAACACUUCAUUGGUUCACGCUUGAAGUGAAAUGUCUUACUUGUCACUGGAGAAGACAAAACAGGGUGAUCUUCACGUUAUUUUAUACGAGUGACAAAAAUAUACCUUGCCUUGUUUAGAGGCCAAUUCAUAUUUAUAAAUAUUUUUGUCUUGUUUUUUCCUCCAUAACACAUGUGCAGUGAUCACUUACCGGAAGGUGAGUUUUUAUUCUUUUUAAGGAGAGACAGUUUCCAAGGGAAGGUGGUCGAGAUAGGGAACUGUUUGUACCAUAUAUAUAUAACCCAGAUAUUUGAUGGCAGGUCGCAAAGUUUAAAAAAAAUGAUGGUUGAUAUCUAAUAUAUUUGGAACUGAUUCAUAAGAAAAACUAUUAAAAUUAUCUUUGAAAAAACUCUUGAAGCUAAUUUAUUAGGAAAAAAUGUGUCAUUGGGUAGCCUGUGUCAGUAACAUCUAAAUGCAGAGCCGUAGAUUCCGUUGGGCGACGCAGGAACCGAAGAUUGGAAAACGACCAACGUGCACUUUGCCUCCGACACUCCAUCAGCUGUUUUACACUUGAGAGCUGUCUGGUCAUUUCUUCCCUCUGCCCCCUCCAUUAAUGAAACAAACACUAGGCAGCUACAUUUCUCCCCAGUCGUUUCACUUUAUAUGGAGACGUAGCAUGCAAACACUUUAAUUUCGCAUCCUUUACUCAUCACACAAAGCCGAGACUGGCGUGGGACAUGCGAGGCCGUUCUGAGGUCAGCCACGGCACAAGGCUCAGCACUGUUCCCGCAGAUGGCCCGUGUUUCUGUUUGUCAGGUUCUGGCAGGAGUGAGGUCCACUGUAUUUUUUUUUCUUAACUGCUGGGUGUUUUAAAUAAGUUACAGUGUUUUACACUUUAAAAAAGAGAAGAAAUAUUGGGUUGGCCAAAAAGAUCGUUUAGUUUUUUCCAUAAAAUAAGAGACACAUUUUUCAUGUUCACCAGAAGCUUUUUUGACUUGGAUAUUUUGAGUAUGUCAGCUGUCUUCUGCAUUGUAUAACAUAGAUUGUUUUCAAUUUGAUUGGUCUUGAUUCAAUGGCUAUCAACUUCAGCUGGUCUGCCUGACUAUGGAACAAGGUCCAGCGAGAAAUCGCCAGCACAAAACUUCACAAACCACUUUUGACACACUUGAUCAGUCACAGCACCUUCUUCAUACACUGCACAAAUCUUUUGUUGCAUUUCAGUUGUGUUUUUGCCUUUUUUGAAAUAAUGAAGCAUAAUAUGCCAAAAAUGUUGCUUAUUUUCUUCCAUCUUCAAUAUUAAAAUGGCUACCAAAAAUUCACGAAUUUUGAUGAGUUUUUCUAAAAAACCCACAAUGAGAUGACAGCUGCCACAAUGCAAUCUAACAAAAUUGUUUCAAAUGAAGUUAAAGACAGUUAAGUGCUACUGGAGUCAUCUGAUGGAAAAAAAAACAAAACAAAAAACGAACUUUUUGGCCCAGCCAGUAUUUGCUUUAUGGGUUAUUAGUAGUUUAGCCUCUAGAUUGUGGCACAGUAUGCUAACACGCCGUCUGUGUAAAGGUGAACUUCAGUAAACGCAGACACCGGUCCUGGGAGGUGAUGCGUGUUCCAUUCCGAGGCUGUGUGAGGUGCCCUGGAACAGCAUGAGGAGGUUGGUGUGAAUGGGAAGCCGGUUGUAUGUGGUUUUAUAGCCUGGUAUAUUUUGGAUUUCAGAUGAAAUAGGGGGAAAAUGAAAGAAAAGGUCCCUGCGCAUAUAUUUCCGUGGACACCCUUCAUUUCAUGGGCAUGUCUAACGAUGAGCUAUGUUCUAAAUGGAGCUGAGGACUUAUUUUAGAUAUCGGAGUGUAACUUUAUUACAGAUGGACUUUAUCUUUACACAUUGCAUUUUGAUCGACUUUGUAUAUUCACAUGUAUUAAAAUAUUGUGCACUAAAUGUUCUGCCCUCGUUUGCUGUCAGAUGGUCAAGGCGUUUUCCAGCACUAUUGUGAUUCACUCAUGGAAAUGGCAUGGGUCAGGGAAAAUUACUCCUACUUUUCCGCCUAAUUAAAUUUCUGUUUUUCAGUAUUACAUUAAUUUAUUUUGGGCUUCCAUUUCUGUGUAGUCAAAAUAGUUACUGUAUGUGUGUGGCACUCAUAUGACUUUGUUGCUAAAAAAAAUUUAGUUUUUAUUUAAAAUAAUCUGUACCUUAAUUUUUAAAAAUGUAACCAAUUCAAGCACUUUAAGCAAUAAUGUCAAUCUUGUGAAAUUUCAAUCAGUUUAACACCUUGCCUCUAAAAUUGUUUGCUAAAUAAAUAAAUAAAUACAUAGGAAUUCUCUUCCUAGAGAAUUAUAUCCGGGUAAUGUUAUACACAUGGACUUAAAAGCCUUUUUAUAAAAAUGUGAGUCAUUGGUAACUCUCAUCCGUAGGUAAUUGUUCCAGACUUAAUUUCAAAGCAGUGGAAAUGUAAACAUUCUAGUCAUUGUAAUACGUAAAGACAAUGCUACUGUCAAAGUUGAUAGAGUCAGUGUUCCGGAGAUAGCUUACUACUAUUUUGAGUGAAAAGACCAAAAGAAUUAAUGCAGAAAUCUGUAUCUGGGGACUAGCCAAUUGAGCAUAUGACUGGAGGAAAGAAACUAGGGUAGGUAGUUAUGUAUAACAGUGAGUUACUUGGCUGGGGCUUUGCAUAUACGGUCUACCAAUUAUGAAAUAAAAGAUCUGUUCCCCGGAGAAGGCCGUGGCCUCCAGCUCUGUGACCCCUGGUGUCUAGGAAGGAGUAGGAGUGCCGUGCUGGUGGCCAGGCCCAGGCUGUGGGCGGGUUUUGAGCUGCGGGGGACCCCACCUGGGUGCACUUCACUUGCUGCACUGGCCUGCCAAAGGGGCGCAGGUGUGGGUUCAUGUCCCGUGGUCUCACAGUGUGGCCUCCAGGAGUCAAGCUUUGUGUGAACACGCCCAGAGCUUUUUCCCCCAUCUGGGCACUCGGGGCCCACGGGUGGGUAGUGGGUUGUCUGUCAUCUCGCACAUUUGUUUGGGCCCAGUUAUGGAAAUAUAAACCCAUAGACCGAGAGCAGGACGUCUCUCUGUUUCCAUCCAUUGUGUCUUGGGACAAUCGGUGAAGCUAAGGCCCUUCACUCUAUAGCUGGUCUCCAGUUGGACCUGACUGAGCUUGGAACAGAGGUUUGCUGGGGAAGUUACUUGUAUCCACCAUGAAGCUGUGGGAGGGAAGGUCCUCAAGACAAUGUUUUUCUAGGCCGCCUCAUGUUCAUCUGUCCAGUGGUGGUGAGGCCUGUCACCACCAGUGACAAUUUCUGGGGAAUGAGAACCAUUUUCUAUUUCUAAGAAUUUUCCUCUGGCUCUCUUUAGUGAAGUUUCAAAUCCCUUUAACAAAGUCUCGCAUUUCCAAAGAAAAAAUAUUUGCUAAGAGUUUUUCUCCUGAAGGAACAUUUGACUGUGGGGAUAAUACUCCAGACCACUGAGACUUGUCCGAGGGACAUCUCCAGUGGACAGGUUUUUAAGUGAGGUAGCAUCUAUUACACGCACGGCAUUGUGAUUGGAGCUGGGGGGUAAAAUAGGGAAGCAGGUGGGGCCCUGUUCAGGUUUUUCGUUUCAGGGGAAAAAGUAGAUCUAGGG